CCGAGCGGCCCGAGGGAGCCGGCGGCGACGACGGCGACGGCGGCGGGGCGCAGCGCGAGGACCCGGGUCGCGGCGGCGGCCGAGCGGCGCGGGGCAGGUCGUAUUUAACAAGCCCUUGGAAGCUGGAAAUAAGAAUCUGAUUUCAAGCAGCCAUUUGAUUUCCUCAAGAAAAUUGCAUUUGAUGAGUUGGGUUGUUGAUGAGCUCUAAAUCAGAUGUAUUUCUGUGGAAUAAAAGAUGAUCAUUUUUGCAGCAGACUUUGCUCGUACUCACAAACGAAUGCAUACAAAAGCCUUCAAAUAAUAAGGUUCUGUCACUCAUUGACAUUUUUGAUAAACAUUACCAUUAAGCAGAUUUCAAGAGUCAUAGAAUAAUCUAAAUAUAAUUUUUUUAGGUAAUGCUUUUGUGAGCCACAACUUAAAAUAUCAACUGACUAUUUCCAUCAACAAAAGUGCCCCCUGUUAAUUUUUGAAUUGCUCAAAAUGAGCAAUAGUCAACUAAUUCCCAAGCUCUCCGUUCAUUCUCCUGUCCAUCGUACCAACUUAAGUGUUCAGUCCUCUGAUCCACCUUUUAAGGAAAACUUAAAUCUGAUUUCAAAAGACUCCUUGGAGUCAGAUUCAGAAAGCCUCGCUCAUGAGAAUAAGUCCCAGUCCGAACUUGACCAAAUCCAGGACAAAGAUAUGGAGCCAGACAGCUUAGAGGAAGAAAGCCCUGCACAGGAGAACCUGAGUGAAACAGAAGACGAAGCAGAGGAAACAGCAGCUCAGAUGGCCCAGGAGGAAGACCCCUCUGCUCAGGACGGUAGUGAGAAUCCCAGUCAACAACUUAUAAAAGACAAAUAUUCAGACCUCCGAUACGAUCCAAACUGGAAAAAUAAAAAAGAGGACAUGCAGUUGUUGGUUGUGGAAACCUUGCCGGGGUCUGCAGACAGCUCUUCAGACAGUCUGUCCUUGGCGCCACUCUACCCUUCCAAGGAGAAUUCGAUGGAGCUCUCAGAGAGAAAAGACAAAGAGAAGAAGAGUCCUCAGAGCGCAUCCUCCUUAAUGGGAAGUGAAUUUUUAAGCCCAAACUAUGAGCCUGGAGCCCAGGUCAGCGAAUCAUUUUCAGAGCCCAGUGACAGUGACCAGGAGGAGAAGUCAAGCAACCUCUCUCAGUACCUGAAGAGUUCGAGUUCACACAACGAGGUGUUCCUCCCACGAUCACGUGGCCCUCGGAGAAGGAAGUCUAAACAAUAUUUUGUGGAAAAAAAUAAGCUUACGUUGGGAUUUCCAGCUCCUAAAACAGACUCUUAUCUUCAACUGCACAAUAAAAAAAGGGGGGAAAGUCAUCUAGAACAGAUCAUCUACCCCAUCAGAGGAGCUGGCAGGACAUCUGCUCAGAAUGCCAGCGAGACUGAAAACGCUGCCACCAACCCCAAGGACCAAUGGCAUCAGAGAGCACAGCAGCUAAAGAAUUACCAGGAACACUGGUCUCAAUAUGAAGGUAAAAGAUCAAGCAAUCUUCCAAGACAUCAAUCCUCUGAGUCAGUAAAUGGCCAGCAACCUUCCAGAAGACCAGAGAAGCCCCAAGUUCGGAGGCUGUACAAACACCAGAAUGGCAUGAAGGCCUUCAUGACCAAAGAGCUCAUUGUCAGUCAAGGAAACCAGAAUAAAACUCCCACACAGCAACGAAACCAAAAUCAGCAUGGGCCCAUUGUGCUUUUGAAUGCUUCUAACAAUGAUUUACAAGACUCUAUGAACCAGAAACCCCAAGUAACCUCCAAUAUCUUUGUCCCACCAAAACAGACUUUUGACAAGGUAUUAUAUAAAAACUCUACCAGGCAUCACUCAGUCUUGAAUGUUAAUAAAGCAAGAUCAUGCAGAGACGAAGAAGAGAAAAGGCUUUUGUAUCAGCAACUACCCAUCUGCACUCUUUCUAAGAUGGAUUUGAACAGCCUUAAAGGCCCUCAGUCUGCUGAUGACAUAGAUGCUCAUGCAGGCACCGAAAAUAAGAAGCAACCCAAACAGCCUCAUGAAGAGACAAAGUAUAGGAACAUAGAAAUGCUAUGGAAAUUCCACCCUUCCUCAUACAGACAGCAUCCUAGAGCAUCUCCAGACUCACGGCUCACCCAGAUCAUGGAGCAGCAUCAGCAAGCCUUGGUGCAACUGGCCGAGGUACAGCCCAGGGAGGGCUCCUUCUCCACGGUCACACUUCCACCCAUCUUGUCCAGGGUGGAAAGUGAGUCCCAACUCAGUUCAGAGAAAAACCACAGAAACCAAAUCAAAAUUAUUCGUAGCAAUUCCGAAGGCUAUCUGUUUCAAUUGGAAAAGGGGAAAAAAGACAGGAAAAGAAGCACCAUUAAGAGUUCCAAGCUGAAAGGUUAUCGAAAACAAGACGUGAGACUGGGAGGCCUGGGACCUGACUUUGAGUCCAGCAGAGGCAAAAUGCAAAAGUUAAAACAGCAGAAGGAAUAUGCAAAACAAGUUAAAGAGUAUAACAUGAGGACACUCUCCGUUCUAUCCAAACCGCAGACCGCAAAACCUGAAACUAAACCAGUCUUUCCUCGGCAGAAGGCUUUGGAAUACGCGAAGACCAUCCCCAAACCAAAACAAUCAAGUCUGACUGACCAAGCAUCAAAGGGGGGAAAAAAUCCAACCUAUGCUGGCAAAACAGAAAGUUUACCUGAAAUCUCCCGGCUAGAGAUACUGCAGAGCAGACACGAGAGGGAAAAACAGGCCGUGGCUGCUUUCAAAGUUCUUCACAUUGUCUAGACAGCGCUUGGCAGGAGAUGAGAAAUGCUCCAGGAACUCACGCAGGAAGGAAACUCCCACCAGCCCGCCCGCAUUGUGCAGGAUGGCCUGGUGCUGCCACUCAAGCGCGAGCACAGGCUCCCAGAGGCACAUCAGCUCUGCGCUGCUCUUCACCUUCUAGCAAGAAAAGAUCGCCAGUGAUUUAUUUUCAAAUCAAUUAGAAUUUGCGGCUGAUAAAUAACUAGACAAUAAAACUUUUAAUUUUC